AUGUCGAAGUACAUCAAACAGCUUACGCAAAAGUGCAAUGCAUCAAACUGUAUCAAGGCCUUCUGUCGUACAGUCCCAGAUAGCGCCACUGUUCAGAAGAUUUCGAAGAUACUUUCAAAGUAUGGUGAUACUUUGACUUGCAGGAAAAUUCAAAAGUUGAAUUCAAACGACAAAAAGCUUGAUAAAAACCUUAUCAUUGACUCAUUGUUCUAUAUAAAUGGACUGUUUUAUAGUAAGGAAAAAGCCAUGAAGUCUCCUUCGACGUUCAAUUUGGACGAUACGCUAUUCAAGCAAAUAACGCCAAAUGAAAAUGUAAAACAUAAAGAAGGUGCGUGUGAAAAUGAAUCUAUAGCUAGCACAAAAAGAGAAACAAAGGAGGAAUCAAAUAUGAUUAGGCCAUGCAAGGACUUAAACCACAGAUUUUGUUCAAUUAUCUCCCAGAGUCCUAACUUUGUUGAUUCAUAUCUUUUGACUGGUGUUCUUCAUGUUUUCCUCAACAAAUUCAAAACCCAUCCAGACUUCAACCUAUCAUUAAUUAUAAUACGGUUAUUCAAUAUAAUUUCAAAGGAUGGAGACAUUGAUGUGUCAUUUUACCGAAUUCUAGCAAAUGUCUUCUUAACCAUUAAAGAGAAGACUCUAACAUCGCUCAUAACACCGUUUCUUAAGGAACAUGAACGCUGUGAUUCUGGAAAAUGCUUAUUUUGCUUCGAUCUCUCAAAAAAUGAUCUUGUAGAAUGCAUACAGUCAAUCCAUUCAUUAAUUGAUUAUACUUUUCCUGUUGAUUUUCGCGAAAACAACAGGAUAACUUGUCUUUUUGAGAUUUUUGAAUGCCUUUUUCUGAUAAAUGAAAAGUUUCUGAUUGUUGAGGAAUCAAAUUUUGUUGUAAAAAAGUUUUUUUCGACAAUUAACCUAAAAAAUGAACUAAAAUUUUGCAAACUUAAAUUAAAAUCGCCAUUAGAUCAUACAUUCGCUAUUCCAAUUGACAUCAAGGCAGAGAUAUUGAAGACUCAAAAUGGAGAGUAUAUGAAAGCAUCCCUUCAAGAUGCCUUUUUCAAAGCAUUAUUUCAAGGAAUAACCCAACCAUACCUUUUUAUUAACAUUAGAAGAGAUAGACUGUACAUUGACACGUUAAAGAUUAUAUUAGAAGUCGAUGGCAUCGACAUAAAAAAGCAAUUAAAAGUAAAAUUCCUUGGCGAAGAAGGGGUUGACUCUGGAGGAAUUAAAAAGGAAUAUUUUCUACUGUUAGGGCACGAAAUAGAGAAUGAUACCAGCCUAUUUACACAGACAAACAACAGAAUAUGGUUUAGAAAGGGCGUCGACCUACAACUAUUAAAUACAAUUGGCAAAAUAGUGGGCAUUGCAUUGUACAACGAUGUUGUUUUGAACGUUCCGUUUCCCUCUCUCCUGUUCAAAAAGCUACUCCAUAUUCCCCUUGAUUUUGAUGAUUUAGAAGAGAUCGAACCCGAAAUAUACAACUCAUUAAAGAAUCUUCAAAGAUGCUCUCCUGAAGAUUUUCAGUUCUUGGAUCAAAACUUUACAGCCGACUUUGAAGUGUUGGGAAGGAGAAUAAACUACGAGUUGAUAGAGGAUGGCAGUGGAAUAAAGGUGAAUAAAAAGAACUUAGAAGAGUUUACGCAGCUAUACUGGUCAUUUUUGAUGGAGGGGAUCAUUGAAGAUGAGUUUAAAGCCUUUUCAGAUGGGUUUUAUUCUAUUAUUAAUUUUGAAAACGUUAAAAAAUUUCAGCCACAUGAAUUGGAGAAGAUUCUGAUGGGGGUAGAUGAUCUUGAUUUUGAGCUAAUCAAAAAAACCACUACUUAUAAUGGAUACGAGCCAAAGGAUGAGAUUAUUGAGCACUUUUGGGAGUUUUUCUAUGAAAUGUGUUCACGAAAGAAGAAAAGACUGAUACAGUUUAUAACAGGGAAUGAUCGGCUGCCAGUUGGUGGAUCCACUGCAUUGAAUUUGAUCAUUAUGAAAAAUGGGUGUGAUACUGAUAGGCUUCCAAGCUCGCAAACAUGUUUCAACACGCUUCUCCUUCCCGAGUAUUCUUCAAGGGAAAAGCUAAGAGACAAGCUUGGAAAGGCGAUAGGCUUGACGGCAGGGUUUUUCCUGAUGUAA